AUGUCCAUACUCCAUCUCAUUCCAGUGGUCACCUCCACAACUACCUUGGUGCUCGCCAAUGACCAGCGCCUCUUCCUCCGAAUCUUCCUGCAAAAGGAAGUCGAGCCCAACGCCCAACACGUUCUGACUCCAUACUGGAAGAUCAUGAUCGACACUGUUGUGCCCUUCAUUGUGGCUCCGCUCCUCGGCACGAUCGGCUCUAUCGGUGCUAUUCUUUACACCACGCCUGAGGAGGUCCUGCGCACCAACGGCGCCUACUCAUGCAUGGCCCUCGCGGCGGGUCAUUUCCUCUUCAUGCCGCCCAUCUUGCCCAAGAUCAGGGGAUUGCAGAACGGCGAGCCGACAUCCACCCUCCGACAGUGGAUGCGCAUCCAUAUGAUCCGGUCUCUCACGGUCGAUCUUUUCGCCCUGGUGACCUGUAUGGUAGCAACUACUAGGACUUUGUCCGCUUGA